AUGUCUUCGUCUACGACGUUUAGGCAGUGGACGACUGCGCAGGACGGCAUCGACAAGCUGCAGCUCGUGUCGUCGGUGGGGCCGAUCCCGUCAGCCAAGGAGGGAGAGGUGGUGGUCAAGAUCCGGGCGGUGAGCCUCAACUACCGAGACACCGAGGUGUGCAGUGGCGAGUACGACCACCACGACCCGCUCCCGCUGGGCGAGGCCUUGGUGCCCUGCUCCGACAUGUGCGGUGAGGUGGUGGAGACCAGGUCCGGGAGGUUCGCGGUCGGGGCGCGCGUGCUGUCCAUCUUCCUCCAGACGCACCUGACGGGCCAGGUGGAGGGGUCGGACAUGGAGAGCGGGCUGGGCCUGCCGCUGCAGGGCGUGCUGGCCGAGUACCGCGUCUUCCCGGCCGACGGGCUGGUGGCCUGCCCCGAGUACCUCGGCGACGAGGAGGCGUGCUGCCUGCCCAUCGCGGCGGUGACGGCCUGGAUGAGCAUCAACGGCUUCAGGCCGCUGGGCAGACCGCUCGACCUGGCCAGGUCCGACGGCGAGGGCGGCGAGGGGCGGCAGAGGCCCACGCUCCUGGUCCAGGGGACGGGCGGGGUGUCCGUGGCGGGGCUGCAGAUCGCCCAGGCCGCGGGCCUGAGGACGAUCGUCACGUCCUCGUCCGACGACAAGCUCAGGCGGGCCGAGCAGCUCGGGGCCGGGACCGCCAUCAACUACCGCACCCACUGGGAGUGGCAGGAACAGGUGCUCGACGCGACGGGCCGGCGCGGCGCCGACUUCAUCUUCGAGACGGGCGGGCAGCGCACCCUGCGCAAGAGCUUCGACUCCAUCGCCUUCGGCGGCACCAUCGCCUGCAUAGGCUACCUGAGCGGCAAGGGGGAGGAAGGGGGCGGCGACGACGACGGCAGCGGCGGCGUCCAGAACCGGCUCAACGUCAACGUCCUCGCGCUCAGGCGCAACGUCACGCUCAAGGGCAUCCUCAACGGUCCACGCGACCGCUUCGAGGAGAUGAUUGCCUUCUACGAUGCCAAGAAGAUCCGCCCCGUCGUCGACAAGGUGUUCGCCUUUGAAGAGGCUAAGGAGGCUUUCAAGUAUCUUCGCGAUGGCCAGCACUUUGGAAAGGUGGUUGUCAGGGUGGCGGAGAAGUAG